GAUAAAUGCGAUGCUAUGUAUCUGAUGCUUUUAUUUUGAAGGUGACCGCGGGAAGCACGGGGUUUCACGGUUUCCGGCUUGAUGCUUUCGGCGGUCCCGUUAGCGCUCCGUUCUCGGGUCGCCGUUUUUCACGGUUUUAGGGCUGCUGGUGACCGGUGCCCGAGCAGGAGCGCCGGUGCAGGCGGGUGUGGACGGUCGCGGGUAGAUGUGCGCAGUAAUCUGCGGAUCGGCGCAGACGGCGGAGGAUUUGCUGUGAUUUAAAUCUGCGCCUGACGGACGGAGGCCGGGAGGAGCCGCUAACGGUGACCCGGUCCGGUCUGUGUGCUGCGGGUCGGAAUUAAAACGCCCACAAACAGCUCGAAGUUGAAUUUCCGGGAGUGUCUCUGAGGUCGGACACGGAAGCUGGAGUCGUCAGGGUUUAGACCGCCGCCGUUUAUUUUGUUAAAAUACACAAACUCACUGUUGAAUUUUCAUCAGCUGAAUUUCGUCUUUAUGAUUCUGAAAUUCUGUGAUUUUGUCUCAGGUCGUCUGAAUUUAGCAAACAUUGAUUUUAUCUCACUCAGUUUAUUCACAGUCGUUCAGGUUUCAUCAUAAUAAAAUCCACCUGAGCCCGUGAGCAGGUGUGUCAGAGGUUUUUCUGACUCCACUCGGGAUUGUUACUGUGGAAAGCGCAGAAGAAGACCCUUACAACCUUCCUGCUGACACAUUAGUGAGCGGUGCCAAAGCUGCCUCUGGAAUCAUGGGAAGUGUAGGCAAAGAGACUACAGGGAUGGACGGCAGUUCCUGGCAGCGUUAGCGGCUCCAGCAGAUGAUCAUUUCUCUCAGACGGUUUUUCUGUGGAUGUUCGAGUUUGCAGGUUUGAGCAGACAUGUCGGAUAAAACGGCGCCGCGCUGCCAGCUGAGGCUGGAGUGGAUCCACGGUUACCGGGGCCACCAGUGCCGAAACAACCUGUACUACACAGCUGGGAAAGAAGUGGUGUACUUCGUGGCCGGGGUGGGCGUGGUCUUCAACACCAGAGAGCACACACAGAAGUUCUACCUGGGACACAACGAUGACAUCAUCAGUCUGGCCAUGCAUCCUGAUAAGGUCCAGGUGGCGACAGGUCAGGUGGGGAAGGACCCGUACAUCUGCAUCUGGGACACGUACGCCAUGCAGACGGUCUCCAUCCUGCGGGACGUGCACACCCACGGAGUGGCCUGUCUCGCCUUCGAUGCUGACGGACAGCGACUGGCCUCGGUCGGCCUGGAUGCCAAGAACACGGUGUGCGUCUGGGACUGGAGAAGAGGGCGCGUCCUCGCCACGGCCACCGGACACUCGGACAGAAUCUUCGACGUGUGCUGGGAUCCGUUCCAGGCCGGCCGGCUGGUCAGCUGCGGAGUCAAGCACAUCAAGUUUUGGACUCUGUGUGGGAACGCUCUGACUCCGAAGCGAGGGAUCUUUGGGAAGACGGGCGACCUGCAGACCAUCCUGUGCGUCUCUGCGGCCAAAGACGAGCUCACGUACUCCGGCGCUCUGAACGGGGACGUUUACGUGUGGCGAGGAAUCACGCUGAUGAGGACCGUACAGGCUGCACACGGGGCGGGGAUCUUCAGCAUGCACGCCUGUGAGGAAGGCUUCGCCACCGGAGGGCGAGACGGCUGCAUCAGACUGUGGGACGUGGACUUCAAACCCAUCACGAAGAUCGACCUGAGGGAGGCGGAGCAGGGCUACAAAGGUCUGUCGAUCCGCAGCGUGUGCUGGAAGGCCGACCGGAUCCUGGCCGGGACGCAGGACAGUGAAAUCUUCGAGGUGAUGGUCCGAGACCGGGACAAACCGGUUCUACUGAUGCAGGGUCACAGCGAGGGCGAGCUGUGGGCGCUGGACGUGCACCCCAAACAGCCCGUCGCCGUCACCGGGAGCGACGACCGCUCCGUGAGGCUCUGGAGCCUUCCUGACCACACGCUGCUGGCUCGCUGCAACAUGGAGGAGUCGGUUCGAAGCGUUUCCCUCAACAACGACGGUUCUCAGCUCGCUCUGGGCAUGAAGGAUGGCUCGUUCACGGUGCUGCGUGUCAGGGACAUGACAGAGGUCGUGCACAUCAAGGACAGGAAGGAAGUGAUCCAUGAGCUGAAGUUUUCUCCGGAUGGUUCUUUCCUGGCGGUCGGGUCCAAUGACGGGAUGGUGGACGUGUACGCCGUCGCACAGCGGUACAAGAAGGUGGGCGAGUGCAGCCGCUCCGCCUCCUUCAUCACCCACCUGGACUGGUCGGUCGACAGCCGCUUCCUGCAGACCAAUGACGGCGCUGGGGAGCGGCUCUUCUACAGGAUGCCAGCGGGAAAGCUGGUUCCUAAAGAGGAGGCGAAAGGGAUUCACUGGAUGACGUGGACCGGAGUCGUUGGGCCGGAGGUCAACGGCAUCUGGGUCAAAUACUCCAACGCCACCAACGUAAACUCCGUGGACGCCAACUACAGCAGCGCUGUGCUGGUGGCCGGCGAUGACCUCGGCCUCGUCAAGCUCUUCAGGUUCCCCUGCCUGAAGAAAGGGGCCAAAUUUAAGAAGUACAUUGGUCACUCCGCCCAUGUGACCAACGUCCGCUGGUCCAGCGAUCUGCAGUGGGUCAUCAGCACCGGUGGUGCCGACCACGCCGUCUUCCAGUGGAGGUUCCUGCCCGAAGGCGUGAUGAACGGUGUUCUGGAGCCCCUCCUACAAGGUGACGCAGAGCUUACUUUAGUCGCAGAUGGUGACGGCGCCGACCUCCCAGAAACUUUCAGCAAUGUGCCGGAGCUCGACUCGGACAUCGAACAGGAAGCUCAGACCAGCUACGAACGUCAGGUGUAUAAGGAGGACCUGCCACAACUCAAGAAGAAGCUGAUUGGUUCCCUGAAGCGGCAGAAAGCUCCAGAGGAGGGGCUUCGUCUGCAGUUUGUUCACGGGUACCGGGGCUUCGACUGCCGUAACAACCUGUUCUACAGUCAGGCGGGAGAGGUGGUGUACCACGUGGCCGCCGUCGCCGUCGUCUACAACCGGCUGCAGCACAGCCAGAGGUUUUACCUCGGGCACGACGACGACAUCCUCAGCCUCGCCGUCCACCCGCUCAAAGACUACGUGGCCUCGGCGCAGGUGGGCAGAGACCCGGCCAUACACGUGUGGGACAUCCAGACCCUGAAGUGUCUGUCGCUGCUCAAAGGACACCACAGCAGGGGAGUGUGUGCUCUGGAGUUCACAGCUGACGGGAAGAGUUUGAUCUCAGUGGGAUUCGAUGAAUUUCACUCCAUCAUCAUCUGGGACUGGAAGAAAGGAGAGAGACUAGCCAAGGCCAGGGGUCACAAAGACAAGAUCUUCGUGGUGAAGAGCAAUCCUUUCAGGAUGGACAAGCUGGUGACCGUGGGCAUGAAACACAUCAAGUUCUGGCAACAUUCAGGCGGCGGUCUGACCUUCAAACGCGGGAUUUUUGGGAACCUGGGGAAACAGGAGACGAUGAUGUCGGCAUGUUACGGUCGAUCCGAGGACCUCGUUUUCUCCGGAGCCACGAACGGAGACGUUUACAUCUGGAGAGACACGAUGCUUAUCAAGACCAUCAAAGCCCACGACGGCCCCGUGUUCGCCAUGUGCUCCCUGGACAAGGUGACGCUUCAUGCUUAUCUAAAGUGGAGGAGGGUGGAGUCUGUAGCAGGUUGUGUGGUUUCUACGGUUUGGUCUCUCCUCGCAGGCCUCGCCCCGUCCAUCCACGUGUGGGACGCCAUGACCAAGCAGACACUGUCCAUCCUGCGGUGUUCGCACGCUAAAGGCGUCGGCUACGUUAACUUCAGCGCUACAGGGAAGCUGCUGCUGUCUGUGGGGGUGGAGCCUGAACACACCAUCACAGUGUGGAGGUGGCAGGAAGGCACCAAGGUGACGAGUAAGGGCGGCCACACUGAGCGGAUCUUCGUGGUGGAGUUCCGGCCGGACUCUGACACCCAGUUCGUGUCGGUGGGAAUCAAACACAUCAAGUUCUGGACUCUGGUUGGAGGUUCGCUCAUGUACAAGAAAGGUGUGAUCGGCUCAGUGGAGGACGGCCGCAUGCAGACCAUGUUGUCUGUUGCGUUCGGCGCCAACAACCUGACGUUCACUGGCGCCAUCAACGGAGACGUGUACGUGUGGCGCGAGCAUUUCCUGGUGCGCGUGGUGGCAAAGGCGCACAGCGGCCCCGUCUUCACCAUGUACACCACUCUGAGGGACGGCCUUAUCGUUACUGGGGGGAAGGAGCGACCGACCAAAGAGGGUGGUGCUGUGAAGCUUUGGGACCAGGAGAUGAAGCGCUGCCGAGCUUUUCAGCUGGAGACCGGCCAACCGGUGGAGAGCGUCCGAUCUGUCUGCAGAGGAAAGGGUAAAAUCCUGGUGGGAACCAAGGAUGGGGAGAUCAUAGAGGUUGGAGAAAAGAACGCUGCCUCCAACACCAUGAUCAACGGACACACUCAGGGAGGCAUCUGGGGUUUGACAAGUCACCCUUUCAAAGACGUCUUCAUCUCCGCCAGCGAUGACGGGACCAUCCGAAUAUGGGACCUGGCUGAUAAGAAACUCCUGAACAAGGUGAGUUUGGGCCAUCCUGCCAAGUGCACGUCCUACAGUCCCAAUGGAGAAAUGGUUUCCAUCGGCAUGGAGAACGGGGAGUUCAUCGUCCUGCUGGUCAACUCGCUCACUGUCUGGGGCAAGAAGAGAGACCGCAGCGUGGCCAUCCAGGACAUUCGGUUCAGUCCAGAUAACCGGUUCUUGGCGGUGGGCUCAGUUGAAAGCGCUGUGGAUUUCUACGACCUCUCUCUCGGGCCGUCGCUUAAUCGGAUUGGUUACUGCAAGGACAUUCCCGGGUGUGUCAUCCAGAUCGACUUCUCUGCUGACAGCAGACACAUCCAGGUGUCCACAAGCACCUACACCCGGCAGGUGCACGAAGUUCCCUCAGGGAAGGUGAUCACGGAUCAGCCCAUCCUAGACAGGAUCACCUGGGCAACCUGGACCAGCAUCGUGGGGGACGAGGUUGUCGGCAUUUGGCCUCGUAACGCCGAGAAGGCUGACGUUAACUGUGCCUGCGUUUCUCACGCUGGAGUCAACAUGGUGACCGGAGACGACUUCGGCCUCAUAAAGCUCUUUGACUUCCCCUGCGCCGAAAAAUUUGCGAAGCACAAGCGUUACUUCGGCCACUCGGCUCACGUGACCAACAUCCGCUUCUCCUGCGAUGAUAAAUAUGUGAUCAGCGCUGGCGGCAGCGACUGCAGGUGA